GGUAACCACAGAGGUCCUUUACGACUCGACCGGCUACCCCCAGGACUCCUCGUACAGCGCCGCCGAGCCGCAGUACACCAUCGAGGGGCGGGAAGUCGAGCGGACCAUCGUCGACUUCGUGCCCGAGUCUCCCGCUGGAUCCGCCGACGAGGACGACUUCCGGAAGAAUGCCGUCGAGGAGGAGCUCAAAUACCACGGGAAAGACGGCCGAGGAAACGGAAGGGGGCUGAUAAAAGUCACGUCACGGUAGACAAGACGGAGUACGAAAUGGAGGACGUCGAGGACACGUACAGCGAGGUCCCUGAGCCCGACCGAGGACUGGAACCCGAGGAGGAGGACGAGACCCUUGACGCCUUUGAGGACCUGCCCGAGGGUUACCCGACGGACAGGUUCAUGGAGAGGGGGUCCAACGCCAACUACUCAAGAUUUAUUGAAACGGAAGAUAUCAAAUUCGAGUUGCUGGACAUGUCGUGUGUAGUCUCGGAAAGCGACUCCAUGUAUCUUCCACCGCCGAGGGUCCCCAACGCUCAUGUCACUUCAUAUUACACAGUCACCAACCCUGCCCCGCCCAACAACGUUUACGCAGAAGCAGUGUAUGAGUGUAAAUUCGGCUACAGACUUACCGAGGGAUCAAGUAAUAGGGUUUUCUGCAUGGACGACAAAUGGCUGGGUGUUUUACCGUCGUGCGUUGCUUACGCCCGCCAGAAGAGCAGCGGUAAAUGCGAAGACGAGAACGGCGACUGCGAGCAAAUCUGCGACCCGACGCCCAACGGCCGACAGUGCCUCUGCUACAAGGGCUUCACGCUGGGGGAGGACGGCGCUUCCUGCCAGGACCUGGACGAGUGCGCGAUAGACAACGGGGGCUGCGAAGGAAAGUGUCUCAACAACCUCGGCUCCCAUCGCUGCUACUGCCCUCGGGGAUUCCGCCUCGGGACCAACGGCAAGGCGUGUAUAGAUAAGAACGAGUGUCUCCUUCGUAACGGCCACGGCCCCUGCCAGGAUACGUGUGUUAAUACCGACGGAGGAUACUACUGCACCUGUGAAAGCAUGCCAGGCACGCAGUUGGGAGCUGACAACCACACCUGCGAGGAUGUAAACGAGUGUGCCAUCGACAACGGAGGCUGCUCGCACAUCUGCCUCAACACCUUCGGGCAAAUCUUCUGCACUUGUCCCGAAGGCUUUGUGAUGGGCAUGGAUUGGAAGACGUGCGAGGACAUCGACGAAUGCAGCUACGAGGAAAUAGCAGGGCAGUGCGAGCACCGCUGCGUCAACACCCCCGGCAGCUACCACUGCGCCCAGGCCGAGGAGCUGCAACAGACGGCCCUCGAGUGCCCCGCUGGCCUGGUGCCAACGGACGACAACCUCUCGUGCCAAGACGCAGACGAGUGCGCAGAAGGCAACUUCGGCUGCUCUGACGUGUGCGUGAAUACCCACGGCGGCGCCCACUGCGCGUGCCCAGUCGGCUUCGCCCUGGCGCCCGACGACAAGACCUGCGAGGACAUCGACGAAUCCCACGGCUGCGCCAACUCCCAGGGAUCUUAUAGCUGCACCUGCCCUGAGGGUCUUACGCUCUCGCCGGACCUCAGGACCUGCCUCGAUGUGAACGAGUGCGCUUCCGCCAACGGAGGAUGUGACCAACUCUGUGAAAAUACUGAAGGGUCUUUCUUCUGCGAUUGCAAGGAAGGAUUCGAACUCUCCGCCGACGGAGUCACUUGCAGCGAUACGGACGAGUGCGUCGAGGACAACGGCGGAUGUGACCAGGAGUGUACCAACACAAAGGGUUCCUUUUCGUGCUCCUGUCUGCCUGGGUACGAGCUCGAGGAUGACUUCCACUGCACUGACGUGGACGAGUGCCAGCUGCAACUGUCCAAGUGCCAGCAUGACUGCAUCAACGUCCCCGGUUCGUACGAGUGCGUUUGCCACGAAGGCUUCGAGAUAUCGUCGGACAACCACACGUGCCUUGAUAUCGACGAGUGCGGCUCCGACACCGGCUGCUCCCACUUCUGCACCAACCGCAACGGGUCGUACGUCUGCCACUGCCCGCCCGGCUUCCACCUCGACGCCGAUGACCACACCUGCGUCGACGAGGACGAGUGCGCGAACGAGAACGGAGGCUGCACGCACCUCUGCCACAACUUCGAGGGAGGUUACAAGUGCCAAUGCCCCUCGGGGAUGGAGAAACUGCACGAGGGAACGGCCUACGAGAGGAAGCACGUCUGCGUCGACGUGGACGAGUGCGAGGACAAGAACGGCAACUGCAGUCACAUCUGCAGUAACCUCGAGGGAGGCUACGAGUGCCAGUGCCCCGAUGGAUUCUCCUUCAAGACGGAAGAUGAUGGCACCGAGUCAGAGUUCGAGUGUGUGGAUCUGGACGAGUGCGAGGUGGAUAACGGUGGAUGUAGCCACUUCUGCGUGAACACCGAGGGAGGAAGAGAGUGUGUAUGUCCUGAAGGGAUGAGGCUGCCUGAAGGAACUGGUAACAGCACACAGGAGUCCCCGUGCGAGGAUGUGGACGAGUGCCUCAAGGAUAACGGCGGCUGCAGCCACGUCUGCAUCAACCUCGAGGGCACGUACGAAUGCGAGUGCCCCGAGGGAUGGGUCCUCGACAUACCCGAUGACUACUACGAUUACUACAAUGACAAACCCGUCGAUUUCGACAUCUACAACGAAGUCAUCUGGAAAAAGUGCGUCGACAUGAACGAGUGUUCCGAAGACAACGGAGGAUGCAGCCACACGUGCCACAACAGCGACGGAGGCUACAAAUGCUCUUGCCCGGAAGGGUACUGGCUGGGCAAGGACAACCGCACCUGCUGGGAUGUCAACGAGUGUACCAUCGACGGCGGCGGCUGCUCGGACACGUGCACCAACACCGACGGGUCCUUCGUGUGUUCUUGCCCCGACGGCUUCCAGCUGGUGGACUCCACUCGCUGCGUAGACGUGGACGAAUGCCAGCAGGACAACGGCGGCUGCACCCACCGCUGCGUCAACCAGAUCGGGAGCUACCACUGCGCAUGCUUGGAAGGCCUCCUGCUGCAGGACGACAACGUCACCUGCGCCGAUCUGAACGAGUGCGGGGACGACAACGGCGGCUGCUCUCACGACUGCCAGAAUCUGCUCGGCAAUUACACCUGCAGCUGCCCGCCCGGCUUCGCCCUCGGGGAGGACCUGCACACCUGCGAGGACGUGAACGAGUGCCUCACGAACAACGGCGGCUGCUCGCACGUCUGCCGCAACAAAAAGGGCUCCCACAGGUGCAAGUGCCCCAAGGGCCUGAACCUCGGCGUCGACAAGCUCACCUGCCUGGACGUGGACGAGUGUGGCACCGAGAACGGCGGAUGCUCUCAUCAGUGCGCCAACCACAAGGGCCACUACACGUGCCUCUGUCCCACCGGCUUCGCACUGGCGGCGGACAAUCACACCUGCGUUGAUAUAGACGAGUGCCAGGAAGACAACGGCUCGUGCAGCUACAAAUGUGUGAACAAAGAAGGGAGUUAUGAGUGCCACUGCCCGUUCGGGAUGGCACUCAGUGGGGACAAGCUCACGUGCAAGGACGAGGACGAGUGUGCCAUCGACAAUGGAGGAUGUAGCCAUGAGUGCCACAACACACGAGGCUCUACAGGUGCGAGUGCCCAACCGGAUACCGCCUUACUUAGCGAUGGCACUUCUUGUGAAGAUAUAGACGAGUGUUCUGUCGCCAACGGAGGAUGCUCUCAUACCUGCGUCAACAGAGAAGGGUCGUUCCUGUGCACCUGUCCUAGAGGUUACGAGAUAUCGGAAGAUCCUUACAAAUGUCUGGACGUGAAUGAGUGUGCUAAAGCUCCUUGUGAACACGAGUGCUUUAACACCCCCGGCUCCUACUACUGUGCCUGCAGGCCUGGAUUCAAACCGAAGCCAGAACCAGUGCUGGGAUGUGAACGAAUGUGACGAGGAUAACGGAGGAUGUGCACAGGAUUGCUUCAACUCCCUCGGGUCCUACCACUGCGGCUGCUCGGUGGAGUAUGUGAUAAACGAAGAUGGGCACUCGUGUGAUCUCAAACCCGUGUUCUGCCCUGUGAUUGUGGCGCCUCUACACGGGGAGAUGGUGUGCUCCAGGGACCUCGUGGGUGGAGCUUACCCAAUGGGAACCACCUGUACAUUUACGUGUUCUCAGGGGGCGGCGCUCCACGGACAUGCUAAUACCACGUGUCUUCAGUCAGGCACUUGGUCAAAUAAUCCCGUUACGUGUCAAGCUGUAAAAUGCUCAGCGUUGGCGGAGGUGGAGCACGGCCGCGUCUCCCCCGACCGCUGCACUCGGCGCACAUCGAGCGUGGGUCAGCACUGCUACCUCUCUUGCUCGCCAGGCUACCGUGUCGUAGGGAACCCUGUACGGACCUGCCAGCCUGCCGGGACGUGGUCACCCGAUGCCGUUACGCCGUACUGUGAGAAGGACACCCUACGGCCGUUCAUCCAGUGUCCUGGCGACUUCUCCGUGGACUUAGCCCCUCACCAGAGCUCCUCCUACGUCAGGCUCCCGCAACCGAAAGCCAACGUCGACUGGUUCAGAUAUGUGUCAGGGCGACAUCAAAGAAGAGCGCUGGCUGGAGACACCAAGAACAGAAGAUACGUAGACUCCUCUCCAAGCUGGGCCAAGCAGCUGGAGGCGGACCUGCCGGCGGGUAAGACGACGGUGACGUUCAUAGCUCGUUCGCCCGUGUCUGAGGAGACGGCCGCCUGCUCCUUCGUCGUCGAGGUCAUAGAUAAAGAGGAACCGCAAGUCUUUGGCUGCCCGAAGUCUUUCUUGGUUCACCUGGCGGACGGAGAGACAAACACGGAAGUGAAGUGGAAGGAACCGGUUUUUAAAGAUAAUGUGGAAAUCGCUCACCUGUGGAAGUCGAUGGAACCAGGACGGAAACUGUCGGCAGGAACGUAUCCGGUACAUUACGUGGCCAUGGAUCCUUAUAGAAAUCGAGCUAAGUGUUCUUUCACCGUGACUGUCCAGUCUCGGAACUCCCCGCAUGCACGCCCACAGUUUCCUUCCGGCCAAGUGCUGGCUGUCUGCCCGGGUUUGAACGGCGGAAAACCCAUCCUGAUGUAUGCUUGGCGUGUACCCCAGGGAUGCACCGUAGUUCGAGGCAGCGGCAGUGUACUCCAUGCCCAUUGGGAACAUACACUGACAACUUCGCAAGCCAACGAUGCAAGCAGUGUGGCGACGGAUCCACGACAGCAGAGCCAGGUGCCAACUCGAACGCCCUUUGUCUUUUCCCCGUUGAAUGGGCCGAGAGCGCCGCCCGUGCACAGACUGAACAACGAAAGAAAGUAUGGGAAGAACGCAAAACGUUUUCGUGGACGUAAUCCCGUCAGAGGUGACUUGGCAUCAACCUACCACGAACAAGCUUCAGCGGCUUCCUCGGCAGCGACGCAUUUCCUGCAGAAUUUCCCCUUUUCCGCCCUCCCGCCUGGCACCACGAUGGCACUGGCACACGCCCAUGUCAGAGGAAGCUCGAAUACCCACGCACAAGCCCAUGCUCAGGCCGGCAUCUAUAACUUCGGCUAAGGUCCUUUUUCUCCCUCUCUACAUUCGUCACAUUUGACCCUACUUAAUGCAGCCAAGAUUUUUGCAUACUGAAAGUUCGGUAUUGUGUAGCACAGGGUGGUAAAGGAAAUGUUUAAUGAAACUGAUAUUCCUGUUAUUGUGUAUAUAGUUUUUUUCUUUCUUUUUUUUGUCCUUUCCAUGAAUUACCUUAUUAGGUAUACUAAUGGAGGUUUUAAUAUGAAUAAAUAAUUCUUUGUUAUUAUUUUUCUUACGAAUACGGUGCCACAGGCAAUUUUGUUCUUAAAACUAAAGAACUUGAGUUUGUCAUAUAUUACAGAUACAAUCAUUUCUUAAAGUAUGCUUCUGGCAGAAUAUUCAUCACUAUCCUUCCCUUUGAUUAUUAAAAAUAAGAUAUGUAGACAUGGCAGGCUACGAUCAACAAGAUAUACAAAGUGUUUCCAAAGGUGAUAACAAAAUGUAUAUUGUACUGUAUGUAUGCAUAUUUUAUAGGUGUUAUAUUUUGUUACUUUGCCCUUUUUAUUUAUUCUGCAAUAAAUAUGUUAUUUAUUUAUUAGAAGGAGAUGGAAAAGUAUAAUCUGUAAUAAUAUAAUAACGUGUUCGUAUGGAUAUUCUGCCUGAAACUUCAAUAAUUUUAAUUCACUGAUCAAAAUUGCCUCGGAUGAGCCAUUGGAUUAUAUAAUUGAUUAAUUUUACAAUUUCUUCUCCGGUCUAAUUUACUCUGUUUAUAAAAGACUGCCUCAAAGAACGUGAAAUAAUAAAGACGCAAUAACAUCUUAUCUAAAAUAAAAAAAUCCUUACUGAAUAUUGGACAUAAUCCAGUGCUUUAAGGUACGAAAAGUUUUCAAACUUAUUUAUACAUGUUUUCUUUUACAUGUGAUGACCUUCCAAAUUUGCAACAUUCAAAAUCCUAAAUCAGUGUUAAUAAAACUGUCUAAGCUUAAAUAUACUUUAGAUUUGAGUAAGUGUUGAUCAGCUUUCUCUGUUAGUCAUCGUUUUGCAAGAAAGGAAUCCAUGAAAAACCGAUUUUUAGAAAUAACUCCCUCCUUUUGGUCUGAAACAGCGCACUUAA